AGCAACACUUUUUCUUCCUCUCCCUCUUUCUCUCUCUCGCUCUGUUCUGUCAACUACAAGAACCAAGCCAUACGAUCCACGAAUAACAAAACAACCUUAACCUUGUUUGUUCCUUCAUGUUUUCCUUAGCCCCAUCAAACAUCACAACACAACCCCUCCAAAUCCAAUCUCGUUUUUAAAUUUCCCUGCAUUUACUCACUCUUGUUUCCGUUACAAGUAACACCAUUAUUCUCUCUUCGUUUCAUAAUCACGUUCAUACCCAUUAUUAUUCGGGUCAAAAAGUUUCAAAUUUUGUAAACAACCCAUAAAAAAAAAAAAAAAAAAUCCACCCCCAAGAAUCACAAGAUCGUUAGGUUUCCGUUACAUGUGAAAAAAGAGGACCUUUGAUGAUAAUUUCCAUCUGGGUCUUCUCAUUCAGUGGAAUGAUCAAAAGGGUUGCGUUUAAUUUGAUGAAAAAUUGAAUCUUGGGUUUUGUUUUGGGCAUUUGCAUGUGCAUGAGCAUUAGGUAGGUUAAUAGGUAUAUGAAAAAUGGAUACAAAAGAAGAAGCAGAAGCUAAUGAGGAUAGACCUUCAUCACCAAUGUGGGUUCUACAACAGUUAUCUGAAGGAGCAUUUAGAGUUGCUGGAGAAGCAUUGCAGGAUAUGUUCUCUGGUGGUGGUGGGUUAAGUGUGCCACAGAUAGGGUCUAGUGGUGGUGGUGGUGGUGGUGGACAUAGGAGAUGUCAAAGUGAACUUGUUAGUAAAGGAUUUCAACGUAGUGAUAGUUUUCAGAAGUUAAAAGCUCGUGUGCAUAAGGCUUGGGGUUGGGGUGGAAAAUCAAGGGAAGAAGGUUUAUCGCCGAGUUUUAAUCCGGAGAUUAUGGCAAACCAGAAACGUCAGUGGUAUCAGCUUCAUCCCAAAUCUAUGGAUUGUUUAAAUUAUAAGGAGCCAACCUCGCUCUUUGAACAUUUUGUGAUUGUGGGGCUGCAUCCAGAUGCUAAUUUGGAAGUUGUGGAGCAUGCAUUUGCAAGAAGGAAGAAAUGGGAAAGAGAGAAGGAAACCUAUGAACAUCUCGAUUACAGAAUGGCGCAGCAACAAAGACCGCCAGAACCUACUUUGGAGCCUCAGAUACUGUUCAAAUAUCCUCCUGCAAGGAGGCUAACAGUGCGUUUGAAGGAUUUAGCCUCCUUUUGUUUUCCUGAAGGUGUUAAGGCAUCUUUGGUGGAGAGGACUCCAUCUCUAAGUGAACUAAACGAAAUUGUCUACGGACAGGAACAUUUAGGCAGAGAUGAUCUAUCAUUUGUCUUUACACUCAAGGAAGCAGACAAUACAACACUUUAUGGAGUUUGCUUACAUGUGCCUGAAAUUGUUCAGAGACCCCCUGGUAUCUUAGGCGGCACAUCAUCUCCUCUUUCUCUUCCUUCUGGGCUAGGCAGCCGUUUUCUAGUUUCUGCACCUCGCUGUUACUGUCUUCUAACCAAAGUUCCUUUCUUUGAGUUACACUUUGAGAUGUUAAAUAGUCUCAUUGCACAGGAGCGUCUGAACCGGAUUACUCAGUUUGUAAAUGAGUUUUCUCUUUCUGGUUGCAUUCCAUCGAUGCCCAAACUAGAUGAUCAAUCGAGUUCAUAUACUAACUCCCCAGACCGGGAAUCAUUUAGCGACUGGAUGACUUGCGCAAUACCUAUUGAUGAUGCAGCUAUCAUUACUGCUGCUGCUGCUGGAAUUAUACCCGAUGAUGAGAUUCCUCAGUUAUCACCCAAAACAUGGGAUUCUCGCUGUCAUUCCCCUUUAAGUGUGAGUGCCAGUGAUGCUUCGGAUGUUUGUCAGCUUAGGGAAAUAGAUAAGGAUGGCAAGAAGUAUCUACAAGAUCAUGAUACAUGUUCUUUUGAGGGACCAGAAACUCAUGAUUCUGUGGAAAGAACAUAUGGAAAUGGUGAAUGUGGACAACUUUCUCCCAGUGUUGUAACACCAUCUGCUCGGUGUCGUAGCCUUGGAAGUUCUGAGUCAAUUUUCAGUCCAGCUAGAAGCAUUGUAUCGGAAGAUGAGUGUCAUCCUUUUUCAAACAAUGAAAGAGAUAACGAAGAUGAUUUGUCAAUGGAAUGGGCUAUGGACCGUAAGAAUGAUUUACUACAGAUAGUGUGCAGAUAUCAUGCUCAAGCUAUUCCACCUCGAGGAAGUGAAUUCGUCUUCCACCCUCUUGAACAUUUACAAGCUAUUCAAUAUUUAAGACAUUCAGUUGUUUCUCUUGGCUUCAGAGAAAAUUGUUUAGAUUGUUCCGACUCAGCUGAGGUUAAUGCGAAGUUGGUAGCUGCUGAGGAAGCCCUUGCGUUAUCUGUAUGGACAAUGUCAACUACUUGUCGAGUUCUAUCCCUUGAUAGGUUGCUGGCAUUAGUUACUGGAGUGUUAUUGGAAAAACAAGUUGUAAUAUUGUGCCCAAAUUUGGGUGUUCUAUCUGCAGUAGUGCUUUCUCUUAUACCCAUGAUUCGUCCAUUUCAAUGGCAGAGUUUACUGCUCCCGGUUUUGCCUGCAAAAAUGAUCGAUUUUCUUGAUGCACCGGUUCCAUAUAUUGUUGGCAUACAACAUAAACCAGAUGAUUUGAAUAUGAAAACUACUAAUCUUGUUGUAGUUAAUGUAAUGAAAGAUCAGGUUAAAAUGUGUCACUUGCCUAGACUUCCACAGCAAAGAGACCUUCUUUCUCAGUUGGGUCCAAUUCAUGCAAAACUUUCACGUGAAAGUUCAAUUGCUAGAAAGCAUCCUAUACAUAGGUGCAACGAAGUUCAGGCUGAAACUGCAACUAAGUUUUUGAAUAUCAUGUGGCACUAUUUGGAGUCGCUUUGUUCAAAUUUGAAAUCGCAUACGAUAACUAGUGUACAAUCAAAUCACGACAGGGUUUCUUUACUUCUUAAAGAUAGCUUCAUUGAUUCCUUUCCUAUUAGGGACCAGCCAUUUAUGAAGCUAUUUGUAGAUACACAGCUUUUCACCGUUUUAUCAGAUUCUUGUCUAUCAAGCUUUGAGAGUGGCAAUUCAUAAUCCUCUUCCCUCACUUGUUCAAAAAAAAUAAUCCUCUUCCCUCUAUUUGUCGCGUUAUUUUAGAAAGAAAGGGGUGUUUAUCUGUUAGACAUGACUGACUGUUGACACUGAGGAAGAUAUGUUCAUAAUUUCAUUGGCGAACCGAAACUCCAUUCCAAUGCAUGGAUUGGAAUGACCAACAAAGAGGGAGUACAAUUGUUACAAGGGUUUCAAAUUUUGUGUAUCAUGAUAGGAAAAUUGACUGCAUAAAUCACUGGUGCUGACCCCAAGGGAAGAAUUAGUACUUACUUAACCUGUUUUUUAUAGGAGGGAUAAUAUGUUUUUGGGUUUAGGUGUUCAAUGUUUUGCAAUUGACUUGUGAGUAUAUGAUAACAAUGCCAGAUGGUCCUUUUGUUUUAUUUUCCAUAGGAUAAUGGUUUCUUUUAGAAUUUGACAAAUUGAAUCCAAUAAUCUAAUUGUAAAAAUGAAUCCAUUCAAGCGAACUUUAAUCAAAUUAUUCAUUGUUUUCAAAGAUGUAGAACCCACAUAGAUACAUAUCAUCUAUAGCACGUUAUUUAUUUCUGGAGAAAAUUUCAUCUC